AAAGAAACAGAGAGAAUUAGGGUUACUGUAUUAGUUAAGAGUUAUGGAUCCGCAAGUGGUGGUCGAUAAGAAAUCUGAGGAGCCUGAUCUGAAGCGUCAGAAGCUGGAUGAGAAAUGUGAAGAGGAGAUGUCGUCAUACAGCGAUUCUACGUGUAGUUUCGAUUCGGAAGAUGAACGAUUGGUCAAAGAAGAACUCAACAGAAGCGGGGAUUACGACUUUGACACCAGGAAGCAAAGACGCUUUGUAAUGCGCUAUCCUGUUAACUUCGAGGAUAGCGACGUUGUUGAUGAACCGGACACCGACGGAGAUUUGGUCCACCGAUUAUCCAAGAUUGCUCUUCAGAAACACAAUGAGUAUAACUUGACAAAUCUUGAAUUUGUGAGAGCUGUCAAGGCUAAUCGCCAUUAUGGCGCUGGAUUCAUUUUCUACAUCACCUUCGAGGCCAAGGAUAAUGAUUCUCACAUUAUUAUACCUUUUCAAGCUACCGUUCGCUACCUUCCACUGCAAGUAACCGUCUACCGUGUCAACCCUAAACCAUAAUUAGAUUGGAGUGUCGGUGCAUCUGACCUUUUGGAAUCGGGUUGUUUCUUAGUAUAAUGACAUUCUACUCAACUAUAUAUUAUCUGCAAACUUCUUUACUGUUACUGGGAUAAACUUAUGCAUCUUUU